CUGACCAAUCACAAGCCCCAUUACAUUCCAAAACUUAACACUUGUUCUCAGAUCAUUAAGUUGAAAUAAGUUGCGAAGAAAGCAACCAAGUCAAAAUGCAGUCGUGCGAAUUGGGCGUCGUCAAGUACAUUCUCUUCACUUUUAAUUUAAUUUUCGCGAUUUCAGGAGUUGGCCUCAUAGUGGCCGGAGCUUUCGUGCUCUCGGAUGUGGGGGAGUUUGAGCAUUUUAUGGAGGGCCGUAUUCUGGCUCCUCCGGUGGUUUUGAUAGUGGCUGGGUGUAUUGUCUUUCUGGUGGCGUCUUUGGGGUGCUAUGGGGCUAUCAGGGAGUCCUACUACAUGCUAAUGGCUUUUGCGCUCUGUUUGCUCAUUAUUCUCAUAAUUGAGCUCGCAGUUGGGAUUGCGGCCGCGGUUUACAAAAACGACUUCCAAAUGUCGAUGAAAGAUAUCAUGAAAAGCUCGAUGCAACGGUUUGAGAACAGCAAGUCGGAUCGGGUCGCUUGGAACAACCUCCAAACCAAAUUGAAAUGUUGUGGGGUGGAAGGCCCCGCAGACUGGCCGGAAAACACGCGUCCCGUCUCCUGCUGUCAUGCAAUUCGUGAAGGGGUGAACCCCCCAGAAGCGCACCACUGCAGGGCUGCCAAGCCCGAAGAUGAAAUUUUGUAUGUCGAUGGUUGUUUUUACCAACUGCAAGAUAAGGCCGAAUCGGCUGCGAAAAUUUUGAUAGGGGUUGGGAUCGGGAUUGCUUUCGUCGAGGUAAUUGGGAUUAUUUUGGCCUGUUGGUUGGCCUCAGCUGUCAAAAACAAGGAUUAAAAACCUAUAGUGAUAGUCGGAAAAAUGGUAUUUUUUAAAGCAAUCAACUGUACAUUUAUGGAACUGAAAGAAUGAAUAGUUUUCGAUUCGUCAAAAAAAUAGUGGACAUUUUCAAUGCAUGUGACUGUACCUCUUGUCCCGCAAAUACAAUCAAAUAAUUGUUUAAUUUCUUACUUCCCAACUAACAUUUAGGCAACUAGAUACAUAUCUAUCUAUUUAUAAUAGCGUAGUUUAGUACGAUACAGUAUUUAAUAAACAAUCAAAUUUU